UAUCGUCAUGUUUGUCUAAUUUGCCUUUCAUAGCAACGCGUGGCUGAUGCUGUGCACGCUUUCGCCAGAUUUGCGACGCAGACAUGCGGAUUCUGGCCGUCGACGCUCUGCGACCGGGGUCGGAUCACGACGCACACGUCUGGAGAACGACGUGGUUGCGUCGUCGUUUCCAGGAGGGACACAUUGCCAAGGCCGGCGAGCACCUCCUCGGUGACAGCGGCUACCCCCUGGAACCAUGGCUCCUGACUCCGGUCCCAGGCCAUCCUCCUGCUCACACUGCAGAAGGCAGGUACAACACUGCACACGCUUCCAUGCGGUCCGUAGUGGAACGCUGCAUUAGACUUCUGAAGAGCCGCUUCCGCUGCCUUCAGAGGUACCGUGCCCUCCACUAUGAACCAGACCGCGCAGCCAACAUCGUUGCAGCGUGUGCAGUGUUGCACAAUUUGUGUCUUGAUGAACAGUGCGUUUGA